AUGCUACGUAAUUUUACGUAAUUGCUGUAUCAUUAUCAAACUACCGUAUUCUUGCGUAGAGGCGGGUGGCGGCGUGCUGCGUCGCAUCUCCCCCUGUUACUAAUAUAAAAGUGGAAGGCUCCGCUCCUCGGCAUCAGUUGUGUGUGGUCGUGCAGUCAGGGCAAACCUAAUCCAAACAAAAAAUGAUCGCUAGAGUAACAGUCUUCGUGUGUGCGUUGGCGCUGGCCUCCGCGGGAGUGCUCCAGUUGGGACACGGAUACGCCGGCGAGUCCUACGGGCACGAGGCGGUUGCGUACGCGCCGAUCGCACACUACGGAGGACACGAGGACACGCAUGUCGACUACCAUGCUCACCCCAAAUACGACUACUCGUACUCAGUGUCCGACCCCCACACCGGUGACCACAAGACCCAGCACGAGGUCCGUGAUGGUGAUGUUGUAAAGGGAGAGUACUCCCUGCUCCAGCCUGACGGUUCCUUCAGAAAGGUCACCUACACCGCUGACGACCACAACGGUUUCAAUGCGGUCGUCCACAACACUGCGCCUGCGCACCACGAGUACCACUAGUGUCGGCGAUCUGCCACUGUUUCUCAUGUGAUAUUAAACCCUUAAUACUUAAUGUAGAUAGUCUUUAGUCGAAACUGACUCUUUAUUUUAUAAGACUGCGGCGAAAAUAAACUUUUACAAAAUA